ACUUCAUCAAUAAGUCAUAUCGGCGGUAAAUUUGGAAAUUUUAAGCAUCUGUAAAUCGGUGCAUCAUGUUGCAACAAUGUUCUGCGUACUUGUGGUAGGUAACAAGUCAUCCCACAGUAGCUAAGCUCCCCCGCCAGUUCAAACUUAACCAACCUUUGUAAAAAUUCACGCAAACCUCUUUCGCAUUAUAUGCGAUCAGUUUACUUCGAGACUGUGUACAAUUAAUAAGUAGACAAAGCAUCUCGUACGGACUGGAAAUAUAUUUUAUUCUUCAUUAUAUUAUGAUGUGUUUUACUGAAUUUCAAUGCAACAGUGAUUUCAAAUUGCUAAUAAAAAAAAAACCACAACAAAUAAGUGAAAUGUUAUAGAACUAAUUUUUUUUUCUUGUUUCGAUUAUUUGUGGGUCUAAGCUGUGAAGCUAAAACCCUUUCUGGAAAAACUUAACGUAGGAAAACUCAAUUUCGCUGUACUUUAAUGGGUAAUUUCACUUACUUAAAACUUCCAAAUAAUUCAGUACGUGUGGACCGAAAAAAAGUUUUUCGCCAUCUGGCGAUGAAACAGUGAAUUCCCGAAUCGUAGGGCGCAUAAGGUUUCAACGAAACGGAUCGAUUGUACAUCGGAGAUUUAUAAUUUAACGAGAUUCGAGGUUUCCAUUUUCUCCCCUGACACUGAUCAAUUAUGGGUGGUAUUCAGAGUGGUGGACAUAAUCUUGGCGAUGCAUUGUGGCUGCAUGAGAGACAACGACAAAAGGACCAAAGGGAAAUCCCUCGACAUGACUCACAAAAUGAAGGAAACAGUGAGAACCGUCGUAAAUUACUAAAGAGAACACGAAGUCUUGCAAUAAUAUCUGAGGACAGUAGGAACAAUCCUGAGGUUAAUUGUAAUUUUUCACUGAGUGAACUAACCUUCGAGCUACCAAGAAGACCGCAGCUGAUUCCGCGGGCUAAACUAAUUGACAGGAACUCACUCAAGGACAGGUUAUCUAAAAGCCAGCAGCAUCUCUGGGAUACUUAUGAUAGAUACCACCAGGUGAGUCCUUAUCACUCUCACUCGAUCUGCAAUCUUCACUCGGGACCAUCAACACUGCCCUAUUUGCCACAGCUUCCUUGUAAUAAAUUGACAAAGCGUAAGGUUGCCGACAAAUUAAAUAUACUCGAUUGGCCAAGAACACCAAGACGAUAUUGUAGCCAUCAAGACCUCGACACUGUCAGCGGUCUUGUUGACAUUAUUGAAGACGAUUGGCCUCUGAAUGAAGGACAACGAGAUAUAUACACACAGGUAAAACGUAAGCGAAAGGAACAUCGGAGCUUAGAUAGUAUUUUAUUUGAGGACGAGCGGGAGUUGGAGUACUUUGAUGUUUUGAAUUUACUGCCUCUAUCGAAGGUACGGCUGGAGUUUGAUGAAACAGAUACCAAAAAGAGCAACUUUACAUCUGAGGAUCAGGUGAAACUUGUGGAUAGCGAUAUUAAGAGAAACGAGACAUCUAGUGACGUUGAGGCUGAAUCAAUAAAAGCAUCGGAACCAAGACAAACACCGAGAAUAUUACACGUUGUUUCCGAAUUCUCUGAUGACAACCAAGAUGAUUCAUUACAAAUUGGCAGCCAUAUGACAGAUGAGGAAAAAUGUAAGGGUGAAAAAAUAUUUGGGAAGAGCAGUUCCACGGAUGAGGACUCAUUAAAAAGUGACUUUUCCGUAUCUGAAAGAAGAUUAUGGAAGACAUAUUUCCAUGGGGACUCUUUCGAUACAGCCACGGGCAACUUCAAGUCGCAAUCUGAGAGCCGAGAGAAGAAAGGCAAUGAAAAUUCGUUUAAAAAACAAGUUGUGCAUACUCGUUCUUAUUCUGAAAAAAAUGAAUUGAAGAGUGAGAUUAAUAAUUCAACAAGUGAUAUUAUUGAUGAGAACGUGGAAAAAGCACUUGGCUUAAGUGUUGAACAAUCUGAGGAUUUCCAAUCUCUUUGGAUAUCGGAUAGUGAGGAAGCUGACGAAAUGUCUAGGCGUCCACAGGUCUUGAAAAUUAUUGAAAGUGAAGUGACAAGAAAAAGAAUUUGGGGGCCUACUGUCAUUGAAAUUGAUGACGUCGCCAGGGAAGAGACGCACGUGGAAAAAACAACAAACAAUCACUUUUCGGGGCACAAUAUUAUAGAGGCAGAUAUGAAUGAACGGAAUGAAAAUAACAAACAAGAAUAUCGAAUUAGUAAAGGACCUAUAAGGGCAGAGCCCGUAGGUGCCUUACUUGAGUCUAAAUUCUCUGAGGAAGAAUUAUCAAAACUAAAUGGCAAGUUUAAAAAAAAUAUCAAAGAUACCUCCUCAGACAUGAUUGAAAAAUCGCACAGAAGCCUCGAAUUUGAAACAAUAUCGGAUACUUCUGAUUUAGGCCUUGGAUCGGACAGCAAUAGUGACAUAAGACCAAGAUCUAUAGACGACGGUGUAGAUAAUAUUCCAGAUACAGUACCUAUCUGCAAGAAAUCCGAGCAACAGUUGUCUAUAGAAUGGGAAAAUAGAUAUAAUAAUGUAGGUAACAAAUCUUACCCCCACCUUUCAAGAUCCCGGAGUUGUGUGAACUCUCUCGAGGGUCAGAAUGCCGAUGCUCCCGAAUUUGAUCAUGUGCGUUACAAGAUCAUCAAGUCACGAUUAUUUGGAAAAAAUAUAUACGGGAAUAUACUGAAUAAAGGAAACGUUGGGUAUGAGGGACUUAUGCAAUAUUUGCGAGACUAUUCAUUUUCGGAAUUGUUGCUCGACAACAACGUCGUAAUUAUCGAACCUGUACGAGCCGAGCAUGUUGAUAUGAAAGUAGUCUCUGGAGUUGACAAAGAAAAAACUACAUGUAACUUGGCGGAUACAACUCCAAAGAAGUCAGGACGAGAGCGUUGUAAUAAUUUAGAAACAAUAGCUUACAAUGCGGAUUCUCAAAAUGCAACGAAACAAUCAUCAUUAAGAAAACACUUCUACUACCACCCAAUAAGUUCAUUAAACAGGAUUAAUCGUGAAUUGAUUGAUGAGGAACUGCCGCAUCCUGAUACUGUGAGAAAUGUAAGGAAAAUGUUCGAAGCGAUAUUGAGACCAAAGUGUACAUUAAAUUCUACAAAUCCUGGCAGUAAUUGUAAGAACCGAAAGAGCCUAAGCAUGAAAGAUCUUAGUAUUGUCAACAAUACCUCUUACGAUAACAACAGUGACAAUAAUCUAAAGAUUUCAAGAUCACGAUCGUCAAGCACAGCGAAGAAUUUAAUGCGUCUAUUUGAGGGUAUUGACAGAACAUCAUCAGCUAUAAUUCAGAUCGGAAACGACGAUGUUUGUAAUAAUAAGAAUGAAUCUAAGACGAGAAUAAUUGCGCAGUCGUUUGAAGCAAGAAGUAGAAACACAUCACCAAGUAAUUCUGGCUGUGCCAGGAAUAAAGUUAAACACUAUCGACAGCCGCAGAUGAACCACAGACAUCAUCUGACUAAUUGGGAUGCUGGCAGUGUCAGCUCGGGAGUAUCGAGUGAUUAUCCAGACACGGAUCCGGGCAGUGAAGCUCAGUGUACUUCUUCGGAGGAUGAAGAUAUCGAUGUUGGAGAUAAUGGAACAGUGCGUACUACUGAGAGGGUAGAUGGCCACUAUGUGUCACCAGAUGUGUUGAAGAAAAUACGCGAAUAUGGAACAUCUGUAACUUACUAUGGGGGAAAAGUUGUCAAUACCUGUAAUGGACCACUUGUUUCACCCACUAGUUGUAAAAUUCUCAAGAAGAAGCCAAGCCUCAGAUUCGACGAUUACGUUAAAUUUCGUCUCGUUAAGAGCAAUUCUUGUGACAGUAGACUUGAACUUACCGGGAAGAUUAUUGAGAGGAAAUCGAAUUUGGAAGAUAAGCAAAGGAAGAAUUAUAAUACCACUAGUAAAUCAAUGGAAAAUUCCAACCUCAGGGAUAACAUUAUUGUUGAGUCAUCGAAUACUAACAUUACAAAUUCGAAUAUUAUACAAUUUGAGGAUGAUAGAGUGGAAAUUAUCAGCAAAGAUAUUACAAAACGUGAACCCCCCAUUGUGAUAGGUUUAGAACCUAAAAAAGAUGAUAAUCGUGAUAAUGGUCUAUUUUUCAAAACAGAUUUCCGGAUCGGGAAGAUUGAUUAUGGAAAAUCAAAUAUUGGUAAUAAAAUUACAAGUGCUUUGACAAAAUGGCAGAUCAAUGAGCACGAUUUGAAUAGGAAACAAACGGAUUUUGGAAACAUUGAAUUUGAAGAGUUCGAAGUUUUAGAGGAUAGUCUUAAUGGAGCUGAUCACUGAAUGUUUGUAUCAAUAAAAAACAAUGAAGGAAAAAUAAUUUUAUAUAGGAACAAUUGACGUGAGCUCAAAUAUUUUGUAUAAUAUUUAAAUUCAAACAUAUCUAGCUGAAUCCAUGAAAUGGAAUUUGAUAUCAUGGUAAUACUAUUGAAGCGUGACAAACAAUAAAAGUUGUUUCUAUUUGGAUGAUUUCUUUCGAUCUAUGUGGGAAAAAAUUCAAUUUUCCUUUGUGCAACAUUUGUUUUAUGUUAGGCAAGUAAAUUCCAUUUACGAGAGUUAUUUCACUCUGCUCACCACAAUAAUGGAGUUCUGUGAACAACAUGGUAAUUGUGCAGAGGUUGGACGGUACCAUGAAAGCCCCAAACACUUGCAUAUGAGGGAAUCGACGGUAUACUCACUAUAUUGUAGUUCUAAUAGUUUGUUAUUUGUUUGUAAAAUGUGAGAAUGUAAAUUUUUUCUGGAAAAAUAUUUUUUCCCAACAUUGGACGGCUUACGUAGGUACUUUAACAAUAUAAUUACGAAUCGGAGGAAGGAUAUAUUUCUUGAAAAUGCGCUAUUAGAAAUAUAUGGAGGAGCAAUGUAAAAAUGAGGAGAAAUACAUAACCGUUAUCAUCACAUGA